AUGAAGGGAGUCAUCGCAGCCUCGACAUUGCCGCUGCUUGCGGCGGCCCUCACACGAAGGGCCGGAUACUCAAUCAAGAGUGAACAUCCAGUCCCAGCACAAUGGCAGAAGCUCGACAGAGCACCAGCCGACCAUCGUCUUGACAUGCGCAUCGGGUUGAAGCAAGCCAACUUCGACGAGCUGGAACGCCAACUGUACGACGUUAGCUCUCCGUCGAGCUCAAACUAUGGCCAGCACCUCUCGACCGAUGGCAUUCAUUCUCUGGUUGCUCCGGCUGAAGACACACUCAAGGACGUACUGGCAUGGCUGGGCGACCAUGGAGUUGAAGAGCUCGACUUCACGCCCGCCCGAGACUGGAUCAAAGUGAGCUUGCCGGUCUCGAAAGUGGAGGACCUACUGAAUACCGAGUAUCACCAUUACGUUCACGAAGAUGGUAUGUCGACCGUCAGGACCGCUGAAUGGUCCCUGCCCCAUCAUCUACACAAGUCCAUCUCUACCAUUCAGCCCACAAAUUCAUUCUUCGGCCUUGGCCUCAAGAAACAUGCUCCAAUUGAGAAGCGAGAAAGCCACGUGGUCGGCGGUGAUGUUGUUCUGGACGCGUCCUCAAUCUCUCUGGCAACGGGAGACACCAUUGAAGCUGUGUGCAACGUCAGUCUCGUCACUCCAACAUGUGUUCGAACGCUGUACAACACUAUCAACUACACAGUGCAGUCUGCGGACAAGAACAUUAUGGCCUUCACAAACUAUCUAGGUGAAGUCGACGACCGCAAGGACGCAGAACUCAUGCUGGCCCGCUUCCGACCUGAUGCUGUCUCCGAAGCCUAUUCAUUCAAGAAGAUCUCAAUUGAUGGUGGCACAGUCAACGACAGGCUGAACUCGACCAACCUGGCGGCACCCGUCGGCCUGGAAGGCAAUCUCGACACUCAAGCAAUGAUCAGUAUUGGCUACCCAACACCCAUGAUAUCCUACUCCACCGGCGGGUCGCCACCUUUCAAGCCAGAUCUAUUCACUACCGAGGACACCAACGAGCCCUACCUUGUCUGGCUGGACUACAUCCUCUCUCAACCCGACCCACUUCCUUCCGUCAUUUCCACGUCCUACGGUGAUGACGAGCAGACUGUACCAGAAGACUACGCCAAGGCAGUCUGCGCCGGGUUCGCUCAGCUUGGUGCUCGCGGUGUCACAUUGUUCUUCAGUUCAGGCGACAACGGUAUCGGAGCUAACGGCUACUGCUAUUCCAACGACGGCAGCAACUCGUCGACAUUCCUGCCUGCCUUCCCUGCUGGCUGCCCAUACGUGACCACUGUUGGCGGAACAUAUCAAUUCGAGCCAGAGGUUGCUGUGUUCAGAAACCGCAGUGGCGCAAUUUACACCGCUGGAGGAGGCUUCAGCAACUACUUCCCAGCUCCUAAGUACCAAGGAUCAGUCGUCAGCGACUACAUCGACAGCGUCGUCAAGCCACUCGACUAUGAAGGCCUGUACAACCCUGCAGGCCGAGGCUACCCCGACAUUGCUGGCCAGUCUCUCUAUUAUUCUGUAUACUGGAAUGAGACCCUUCGGCCCAUCUCAGGUACAUCUAUGUCUUCACCAUUGGUGGCAGCAAUCUUCGCACUGGUCAACGAUGCACUGAUCGCUGCUGGCAAGCCCGUUCUUGGCUUCCUCAACCCGUGGAUCUACGAGAAGGGCUACACUGCUCUGAACGAUAUCCUCAGCGGCGCUGCUUUAGGUUGUGAUACAGAGAAAGGUCUGCCUGCUGCGGAAGGAUGGGACGCUGUGACUGGGUACGGAACGCCAGAUUUCCUGAAGAUUCUCGACGUGCUUGGCGUGGGCGAUGGGAGCGGGUGGAAAGAUGCGAAGGCGUAG